AUGUCUUCAGCGGCCUUUUCCUAUGCCCAGGCCGCUCGGGGCCCAGCUCCUACACAACUUAACACACAGGUGGCGUCGAGCCCCGCGCCAUCAACAGUUGACUCCAAUGUCAAGGACGAUGUAUCAACUGGCAACUCGUCUGUGACUGCCCCUUCUGUCACCUCCAACAUUGCCCUGGACGCCGAGCAGAGCAUCCAGCCAGAUUCCGAGAAUGGGACAGCCAAGGUCUCUGCCGAUACUGCCUCGCAGACUACCCCAACAUCCACGGUUGUGCCGACAGCCGACAUCGAGGAGAAGAAGGAGCAGGGGAGCGCCAACGUCAACUCACAGCAGCAGUCAGAUGCGAGAAGCUCGAGGUCAGCCAGCAGGACAUCCAGGAGGAAUGACAAUGGAGAGAACAAGAAGGGACGCAAGGGCAAGAAGUCGCGGGGUCAGGAUAAGGAGGCCGAGCAGCAAGAGGAGGCUGCCGAGAAGCAGGCCGAGAAGCCUGUGUACACAGAAGCCGCCAUUCCUUCUGUCAAUCCUUGGUUGAAGCGUGCCGAGGGACUCCAGUCCAAGACUCAGACUGCCUCAACGGCUGAUGCUGCCGAAACCAAGAUUUCUGAGGCUGCUGAGGCUCAGCCUGUGGUGAACGAUGUUAAUGGAGACAAAGCUGCCCACAAGAAGCAACCAGAUUCCCGGGCUGCUGAACAGGCCCCCCGCAGAAACGCCCCCCGAGGUGCUCGUGCCAACGACAAGGAGGAGAAGACUUCGGUGACGUUGCCAUCGGUCGCUGAUGCUUCUGCCUGGCCGGAACCUAAGGCCACUGCUGCUGCCGUCAAGGAGCAGCAACCCACUCGCAAGUCAGUUGAGAAGACUGAGAACUCAGCAAAGGAGGGCCAAGAUGAGGCGGCUCCCAAGAAGAAGGACUGGAAGAAGCUCGAGAUCAGCCACUCUGUCGUUUUUGAGACACAGCUGCCUACUCCUCGCAGCUCGAAACCCCGCGGUGGGGCUCGCGGUGGUCGUGAGUCUGGUUCCAUGCGGGGCAACCUCAAUGGUUCCGCUACAUCACCUACUGCCGCUGGUCCUGCUGCCGAGAAGGCUGUCCCAGCCGGAGGUGCUCCUGGUCCUCGUGCCACCGCUCGGCCCCGUGAGGGCAGUCUGCCAGCUCGCUCCGUUGGGCAGAACCAGACCGCCUCACCUACCAAGCGUGGCUCCGCUGAUGCCAGUACUCAGGACCAGCAGAAGCCUGCUGCUUCCGCUAGUAAUGAACAACCUCGUGAGAAGACCCAAUCUUCAUCCAGAAGAUAUACCAAGGACAUCCGCACUGAGAACGGCCAGCUGAGUACUGAGGGUGGAUCAACCCCAGUUCGUCCUUUUCCCCAGGAACGGGUCAACGGCUUCCACCCCAAGGACGGUGCUCAGGGCAAUGUCAAUGGACACCAUUACCCUGUUCGCGAGAACCGCCCAGAGCGCGGUCGCGGUGGCUAUCGGGGCCGUGGCGGCCACAAUGGUGCUGGCGCUCAUGCCACCGGGUCUGCAGGCUUCCAGGUCAACGGACAUUAUCCCACACAGAACGGGUUCCAUGGCCACUCGCACUCUCGUCAAGCACACUCUGCCCAGAGCCCCCCGCCGUUCAAUGGCCAGUUUCCCCAAACUUUCCCCAACCAGGGCAGGGGCCGCGGCAAAUGGAACGGGGCGAACCAACAUAGCCCUCGUGGCAACCACAUGAGCGCCGGUUAUCCUCCCAAGUCGGCCAAUCCCGUACAUGAUUUCCAGGCCCCAGUCUACCCGCCUGUCAUGUACCCGUAUGGCCCUGAGGCUAUGAUCAAGAACCAGGUAGAGUUCUACUUUUCCCUCGACAACUUGUGCAAAGACUACUUCUUGCGCAAGAUGAUGGAUGGGCAGGGAUUUGUGCGCCUUGAGGCCAUUGCCAACUUCCCCCGUGUGCAGCAGCUGACUACAGACCUCAACGUCCUGCGCUACGCUUGCUUGCACCUGGAGAAUGUCGAGUUCGUCGUUGGUGAUGACAAUAUUGAGAGGCUCCGGUCUGGCGACGCCAGAAGGGCUACUUUCAUUCUGCCUGAAGACCAACGUGAGCCUGCUUCCAGGCAUGCUGGGCCUGCCAAUUUCCGGGUCAUGAACAGUCAAAACCCUUAUGCCUCCUUUGGCGCCAUGGCUCCGCCUAUGAUGGGCUACUCUCAGUACCCUGACGGACACAUGUACCAGCCUGAAUUUAUGCCCAGAGCUCACAACGAGUUCGCUGUCAACGGCAAUGGUGCGGUGAACGGUUAUCAUCACUACCCCCAUGAUUCCCAGCUUUCCGCUGGUGUUCCUGCGUUUGCCCCCCCAGAGGAGCCUGUGUCUCUGGAGAGCAUGACUAAGUUCUCAGACUCCCAUGUUGAUAAUCUUGUCAUUGUCCUGGGUGCCAAGGAUAGCGAAGAGACUGCUGCUGCUGUCGCGGGUUAUGUUGCCAACGGUAACACCCAGGACGGCUCUGAGCCUACCAUUGUGUGGAUCCAGGAGACUCAACCUGAGAAGCAUGAGCGUCAACCAUAUCACGAAAUCCGCAAGACUGCUCUCGAACGCCGCCAAGGGGCUCAGGCCGGUGAGGUUCCAGAGGAGAUGCAGAACCUCUACCGCUUCUGGUCAGAGUUUCUCCUUAGCAAUUUCAACGCCAAAGUAUAUGAGGAGUUCAGAAACUUGGCUUUUGAGGAUGCCUCCAGCUCAAUUCCCGCGACUGCCGGGCUCAAGACCCUUCUUGGCUUUUAUGACAAGCUCUUGUUGGACACGUCUGUCCCCAAGCCAUGGCCGAGCCAUCGGGCGUUCCCUCUCGUUCUGACCGAGCACCUUCAGGCGGCCAAGGAUCUCGAUCAGAAGACACAGCCUCACGUUGUCAUCUAG